AUGUAUGAAGCAAAUUACACGGAUGUAUCUGAGUUUGUGUUCCUGGGAUUGUCGACAUCUACACCAAUGCAGCAUUUCCUCCUUGUUUUCUCAACACUGUUUUAUGUAACAAUUGUCACAGGGAACCUUUUAGUUGUAUUUACAGUGACCGUUGACCCUUAUUUACACUCCCCCAUGUACUUCCUUUUAGGAAACCUUUCGUUUAUUGAUUUGUGCCUUUCUACUCUAACAGUUCCUAAGAUGAUUUCUGACCUGUCCUCUGGGCAUAAUACCAUAUCAUUUGAAGGGUGUGUCAUCCAGAUAUUUGUCCUUCAUGUCCUGGGUGGAUCUGAGAUGGUGCUGCUCAUAGUCAUGGCACUGGACAGAUAUGUGGCCAUAUGCAGGCCACUCCACUACCUGACCAUCAUGAGCCCACGGUUAUGUGUUUUGCUUCUGUCUGGUGCUUGGGCUAUUGGUCUUAUUCACUCAGUGGCCCAGUUGGCUUCUGUUGUCUAUUUGCCUUUUUGUGGUCCCAAUGAGAUAGAUAGCUUUUACUGUGAUCUUCCUUGGUUCAUCAAACUUGCUUGCACAGAUACCUACAGAACAGAGUUCGUGGUUACUGCCAACAGUGGGUUCAUAUCCACAGGCACCUUCUUCUUACUGAUCAUUUCCUAUAUCUUCAUCCUAGUUACUGUACAGAAACGUUCUUCAGCUGGUUUGUCUAAGGCUCUCUCAACUCUUUCAGCUCACAUUACUGUGGUAGUCUUGUUCUUUGGACCAUGCAUCUUUGUUUAUAUGUGGCCAUUUCCCCCAGUACCAGGGGAUAAGUUUGUUGCCAUUUUGGACUUUAUGAUUACACCCAUUCUGAAUCCUGCCAUUUACACUCUGAGGAACAAAGACAUGAAGAUGGCAAUGAGGAGGCUAAGUAGUCAGGUUCUGAGUCUGAGGAAGAUCUCCUAA